UUAAUGUCCGCUCCCGCCCAUCAGAAUCAGAUCUGCCCCCCCACACACAGCCAGCAGUCACUAGUGUGGUAACCAGCGGGACAGCCAGCAGAGUUCCUCAGACAGGAUGGGCCUUCUACUUCUGCUUACCUCCAUGCUCCUGUCCAGCUACUUCCAUUCAGGGAGAGUGGUGACGGCACAGCGAUUAUUCAAGAUAAGAGACAUCACCCUGUCCAUCGAGCCCGCUCCAGAUGUGACUCGGGACACCAAUGUGACUCUGAGAUGCCAGGCCUUCGUCAGCAGCUCUGGGCAGGAGGCGCUGAGUCGUGAGUACAGAAUAUACAAGGACGGCAACACCAUCUACUCCAAGAACACAAGCACCUCAGAGGAUCUGCUUUACCCUCUGUCCGAGGCCCGAGUAUCCAACUCCGGCAAAUACAAGUGCAAGAUCAGCAUUGAGCAGAAAGACAUGACGAGUGGAGCCAAGAAACUCACAGUAGCAGGCCUGUCAAAACCACUUCUCCACAUUAACAAGGAUGUGGUCAGUGAAGGGGAGGAGGUAACAGCCACGUGCACAGCGCCCGGCGAGACAGGAUCCUUUUUUUUUUACUUCUACGAAGACACUAAAGAGAUCCAGGAGAAGCAGGUAAACUCCAACCAGGCGGAGGCCAGGCUUCACUUCAGCAGCACUGGCUACCACAAAAUUCACUGUGGCUAUACUGUCCUUGUAACGCCAGAGUCCUUCAAGUCAAAAGAAAGCCUCUCUGUCACUGUUUCAGUCAAAGAGCUUCCCAUCGUAGCGGUUUUGGAGAUUUUCCCCGAGUCCAAGAUCUAUGAAGGAGACAAACUCGACAUCUUUUGCUCGGUCAAAAACAAUCCGCGCAGCACGGAAAGUAUCAACCUGUACCUGAGCCAGGGGAGCCAGCUUCUCAGCAGUGGAUACUCCACAGUCAACCACAGCAUGGUCGCUCUGGCUAAAGACCCUGAGGAGUUUGAGUGCAGAUUAGAGAUGGGAAAUGUUAGGAAAUUUGACACAAAGGCGGUGUCAGUGACUGAGCUGUUUUCAGUGCCCACUCUCACCAUGUAUCCUGCUGAAGUCUUUCAAAGGGAAUACAUGACACUAAACUGCAGAAGUGAGACCUCUGCCUCUGAAAGACUCGACAGGGACGAGUUGACAUACACUCUUGAUCCAACCGAAAGCCCACUGAUCUCCAAAGUCAACGGAGUAUUUUCUGUCAAAGCCCUGCUAUAUGAUUUCAACUAUACCUGUGUAGCUAAAGCCAAGGAGAUAGUGAAACGCAGUGAAACCCUGACUGUACGUCCUAAAGUUGCUGUCUCAACUCCCAAGAUCUCGGUGGUCGGCAGGGUGGUUAUAGGACAGUCCUUCAAGAUCCUCUGUCAGUCGGACAUUGGCAGCCUGCCGAUAAACUACACUUUGCUGUGGGGGUACGACCAACUGAACAUAACCACCGUCAAAGAGCCCUUUCAACAAGCCCUCUUCACCGUCACCGUCAGAAAGUCAGAUGAAAUAAGCAAGUACAUGUGUGAAGCAAGGAAUGGUCAGAAAGAAGCCCCACUCAGCAAAAGACUCAACGCUACAGUCAUAGUGCCGCUCACAAACCCGAUUCUGACCGUCCUCCCCCACCUACCAGAAAUCUCUGAGGGAGAUCAUCUUUACCUCAUAUGUGGAGUAAAUGGAACUCCGCCGGUCACGUUUAAGUGGUACCGUGUUGGCAAUGAACAUCCGCUGUAUACCAUCACCACCCACAUGAACAACACGAACUACCGAGUGUCCGCGUUGUCCAAAGAGCACAGCGGGAUGUACUACUGCGAGGCGAUCAACCACGCCAACAUUCUGGUCCGCAGUGACCUGGUCACCAUAGAGGUGCGCCUGGCGUUGUGGAAGAAAGUGCUGAUCGGGGGUUUCUGUCUGCUGGCGCUGUCUGUGUUGGUGGUGGUGGUUGUGCUGUGCUUCAAAUCCAAGAGAGGUAAAAGAGAAGCAGCUGCUGAAUUGUCAGUAAAGCCUUCGCGCCCUAAAUCAGAUGACUCUUUAACAGUGAAUCUAACCCACGACACAGAGGUUUAUAACGCAGCCACAGACGCAGCGCCACUCUAUGAUGGCACGGAGGGGAGAGUGACCAAUGGGGCGCGAGAUAGCGUGGCGUCGCUUCCCGCUGACAUCAGCAACAGGAGCAGCUACAGUAUCCCAGCCACAGUCUAGAGGUGCCCCACACUGGGCUGGACAUUUGUAUUUACUUUCAAAGAAACAGAAGUUCAAAGAAAGGACUUUGAGAGUAAAAAGGAAAAGAACACAAGAUACAGUAAUCCUGUUUGUGAUUUGGACACUUUCUACACUGAGGUGUUUUCUCAGUAAAAAGGAUGUAAAUCAGAAACUGCUGCUCCCUCUCCCCUCCUCCUUCAAUCUAGGUGGCCUUUGGUUUUACAUGUAACGUUACUGUAUUUGUAUAUUCCCUCACCAUGUCCUCGUGAUGUCAUUUCCUUAAUUGUUGCAACUGCUCUGUUUGUCUUUUCUGCAUGUUUAAUCUUUGUCACUGACUGAGUUGUAUACAUUUUAUCACCAUCGCAGGAAAUGUGUGUAUAUAUUUUUGGUUGAUCUGUUGACUGCAAGGUUGGAAGAGACGGUUGUAGAAUAAAGAUGGUGGUUUUAUUUA